AUGAAUAAUACAUAUCAUUCGAACAAUGAUCCAAUCACUGAUUUAAAUGUAACUAAGAUACAAGAAUUGGAACAUCAAAUCACCCCUCAUUUAAACCUAAUCAAUCGUAAUAGUUUUAUUAAUAGAAAGAGAUCAAAUGAACAAACUUAUAUUCAUUACUUAGAUACUAAAGCAUUAACAUUAUUGAAUUCACGUAAAUCAUCUAAAUUAUAUCCAUCUUUUAAUGAGAAUAUAGAUAAUUAUGGUAUUACUCUUGAUGAAGCACAAUUUUUAGCAGACGAAACAUUAAAAAAAUUAGAUCAAAUAAAAUUUAGAGUAAAAUCAAAUAGAAUUUAUUGUUGUUGUUGUGGUUAUUGUUGUUGCCAUGGUAACAAUUCUCAUAAAAAAUGUAUCAAUAAUAAAAUAAAUCCAGAAGAAAAUUUAAUUUAUAUAACAAAUCGUGAUGAAAUAUUAGAGAAUCCAAAUCUUAUUUUUAAUUAUGUUAAAACAAAUGAAACAGAAAGAUUGGGUGAAAUUUUAGCCUACAAUCCAUUUAUAAUAAAUCAAUGUGAUUCAAAUCAACGUACUUUAUUACAUUAUGCUGCAAUGAAAGGUUAUUUAGAUUGUGCAAGUGUUUUAGUUGCACAUAAAGCAAGGAUUAAUGAACCAGAUCAUAAUGGUAAUCUUCCAAUACAUUUAGCUGUUAAAGAAGGACAUCUACUUGUAGUACGGUAUUUAUUAAGUGUUAAUGCUGAUCCAACAAAACCAAAUAAAAAUGGUCUAUUACCAAUACAUAUAGCAUGUGAAAAAAAUUAUUAUGGCAUAUUAAAGGCAUUAUUAGAAUUAGAUAAUGUCAGUGUAAAUGCAGAAGGUGAACGUGGUGCAUCACCAUUACAUUAUUGUUGUAUUCAUGACAGUGUAGAAUGUAUGGAGAUACUUUUAAACAAAGGAGCUAAUAUCUUUGCAUAUGAUUUAGAGCAUACUUAUCCAGUACAUGUUGCCAUAGCUAAUGUUAGUCGUAAAUGUUUAAAUUUAUUAUUUAAAAUGGAAGCCUAUUUAAAAGUGCAUCAUUUAAAUCAACCAAUCAAAUCACAAAGAACAAAAUCAUCAUUCAAUAUAGAUACACAACAUACUCAUGUAUUAUGUAAUACUACUACUACUACUACUACUACUACUAAUAGUAGUAGUAUAGUGAAAUAUGAUAUAAAGAAGAAAUCAAUUGAUUUUAAUCAAUUUAAUUGUUAUCUAAAUCAACAAAAUAAUGAUAAAGAGAAUAAUUUGAUUAAUUUAACUGAUUGUGAAGGUGAAACUCCAUUACAUGCGGCAGUUACAUCAGGGAAUUCCGAUAUGGUUAAAUUUUGUUUAGAACAUAAUGCAUUUAUAUUAGCUAAACAAAAUGAUGAUUCAACACCGGUACAUUAUGCAUGUAUGAAAGGUGAUUUAGAAUGUGUUCAAUUAAUGUUUGAAUCUGAUCCAUCAAUUAAAUCAAUUGUAUUUAUAAUGCCAGAUAAAAAUGGUUAUACACCAUUACAUUUAGCUGCUGUUUAUAAUCAUGAAAAACUUGUUACCUAUUUAGUUGAACAGGGUUCACCUUUAGAAAUGACUGAAACAAAUGGAUGGACACCCUUAUUAUUAGCUGCUAUGAAAGGAGCUUUACAAACAUGUAUUCAAUUACUUCGUCUUGGAGCAAAUCCUAAUGCACAUGAUUCUAGUAAUCGUAAUUUAGUUCAUUUAUUGAUGUUAUUUCAAGGUCCAGGAAUCAGAACAGUCCUACCAGAGCUGAAUGAUGAAGAAUUAUUUAAACGAUUAGUCAAUGAAAAAGAUAAAUAUGGUACAACACCAUUACAUUAUUCAACUAAAAUGGGUAAUCUUGGUGCUACUAUUGCAUUUGUUCUACGUGGGGCUUCUGCAUUAGAACGUGAUAAUGAACGUAAUACAUCAUUACAUACAGCUGCAUAUUAUGGCCGUUUACAUACAUGUGAAAAAUUAUUAGCUACACCACAUGGUAUAAGAGCAAUGAAUUGUCCAGAUGCUAUUGGACGUUUACCAUUACAUGUUGCAGUAGAACAUGGACAUAUAGAAAUUGUGAAAAUGUUUCUUGAUAGAGGUUGUCUUUUUCGAAAAUGCCAUUUAGGUAAUACACCAUUACAUUAUGUUUCAAUUGGUGGUUGUAUAAAAAUAUGCAAAUUAUUAUUACAAUCAAGUCCAUCUUUAUUGAAUCAGACAAAUUUUCAUGGAAUGACUGCUUUACAUUAUGCUGCUAAAGAAAACAAUGCAGAAGUAUUAGAUUAUUUAUUAACAUCAAAAGCUAAAAUUUUACCGGAUAAUGAUGGUAUCUAUUUUGUUACAUAUGCAUUACAACGAAGGAAUUAUGAAACUAUGAAAGCGAUUGUUACACAUUCGCGUUGGCCAGAAUUACAUGAAAUGUUAGAUAAUACAUCUCAAUGCCCUGUGGAUGGAUUUAUACGGAAUAUGCCAUCAAUGUGUAAACUUGUUUUGGAUCGGUGUAUUAAAGAAAUUGGAACGAAAAAUACUCCUGAUCAUAAAAUAUUUUAUGACUUUUCAAUACUUCAACGACCCAUGAAUCCUACUGAAAAACCACCACAGGAUCCUAUGAAACGUAUCAAGUUAAUGGUCGAGUUGAAACGUGAAGAGUUAUUAAUUCAUCCACUUUGUAAAGCUUAUUUAGAAAGAAAAUGGCAAACUUAUGGACGUUGGGUUCAAUUAUGUGUUAGUGUUUAUUAUGCUGUAUUAUUAUUGGCAAUUACAUGUUUGGUUUUGGGUCAUAAUCCAAUACAUCAUAUAGAGAAUGUUCACAAUAUAUCCAAUUGUACUGAAUUGUUUUAUGAAACACCAACAAGAAUGUAUGUCUUUUCAACGAUUGCUUCAAUCAUAUUAGUUCUUACAGCAUUUGACUUAUGUAUUAAAAUAUGGCAACUAUUAACUCAGAAAUAUGAAUAUUUUAAAGAUUGGAAUAAUUAUUUAGAAUUUAUAUUAAAUACAUUAGCAAUGUCUUAUUCAGCAUUAACAUUAAACAAUCAAUUAAAUUAUAAUUAUAUUGAAUUAGGUGUAAUUGUAAUGUUUUUAGCCUGGUUCAAUUUUCUAUUACAAAUGAUGAGAUUUAAACAUGUUGGAAUAUUUGUAGUCAUGUUUUUGCAUGUAUUUGCAACUGUUGGAAAGUGUUUAGUUGUAUUUUCUGUGGUGUUUAUUGCAUUCGCUUUGUCAUUUCAUGUUUUGUUUCGAGCUCCUGGCUAUUCAGAGAAUAUCACUUUAUUAUUAUCAUCAUCAUCUAAUAAAUCAAUAAUCAAUCAAUGUUUUCCAAUAAUCAAUAAUAAUCAAUUAAUCAAUAAAACAAAAUCAUUAGAAAUAAAACCAUUUCAAUAUAUUGGUUUAUCAUUAUUUAAAACUCUUAUGAUGAUGUUAGGUGAAUAUGAGCAUACAACAACCAUAAUAGAACCAUUUAUAGAGAAUCAUUUAUUAACAUUAAAUUAUCCAAUAAUUACAUUUUUCUUUUAUACAACAUUUGUAUUUUUGGUACCAAUUAUUCUAAUGAAUUUACUGAUUGGUUUAGCUGUUGGAGAUAUUGAAAAUGUUCGAAGAACUGCUUUUCAACAUUUAAUAUCACAACAAGUUUAUUGGUUAGCUGAUUUAGAACCAAAAUUAACAAGAAUAUUUCGUUCUAAAUUAUAUCAAUCCAAUUGGAAGAAAAAAACUAAAUUGAAUAAAACUACAGGAUUCUUAGAUAAAUCUGGAUCUGAAAUGACAUAUGAAGAGAAUCUAAUACAAAAGUAUCUUAAGGAAACAAUUAAAAAACUAACAUCUAUUGACAAAGAAACUAAAUUACAAACAACUAGAAUGGCUGAAAUAAUUGAAAAGUUAGAAAUUCGAUCUAAAGAAUUCAGUAUUGAUGAAGGUGUCUAUCCAAGAGAAUUUUCUGGUUUUGAUCCAAUCAUGGAAAUGGAUUAUACAACAAAUCUCAAUCCGUGA